GUUGGCUUAAAGUGCAUGACGCCAUUCUGUCAACCCUUGACGUUCUGUCUAUGAUUCGAACGGAUUUAUUUAUUUCUCAGUUCUCGAAUUUGUUUUUCUAUGCAAUGAAUCCGGAUCCAUCCCUGAAUUAACAAACAUAAUAUUUAUUUUACGAAUGCCGCUUAGCAGAGUUUGUUUAGUAAGAGUAUUUGUAUAGAGAGAACUUCAACUUGUUGCAUUUAAUUUUUUCUGAUUUUAGAGAAAACUGCUUUAAAAUCUCAAUGGUUCGUAUACCAGGUCUCGAUUUAGUUAGUCCAUAUACAGGUCAUCCAUUUGGAGGUUUUUGCAGUAUUCCUCCAAAGCUUAAUGAGAUUGGAAGCAUACGUUCUUCUGAGAAAUUUGCCCUUGAUUUUGAAAAGAAGCCGAGGCCUGCAAUAUCUCUAACUCAAGGCCAUGAUUCAGAAAACUCAAAAAAUGUUUCUUUAGUUGUUUAUGGAGAAAUCCAGGAUCCUGAUGAUGAAUUAACAGAUAUUUUACUAGAAGUGGACAUUAUAAAAAGCUUAAAUCAUGAAAAUGUAUUGAAAUUCUAUGAAAUUAUUUCUGGACCUAAAGUAACCGAUGUAGCUUUAGUGUUUGAACCUUUUGGUAUUGUAAUGACCAGAAUUAUGGAAGAAAAGAUUGGUAAACUUUAUAAUCCUCCUGUAGUCAAAACCAUAAUGAGAGACCUUUUUACUGCUCUUGCUUAUUUGCAUAAAAAUGGUAUUAUACAUAGGGAUAUUCAACCGGAUAAUAUUCUGUUCUCAUCCUCUGGUGUAUUGAAACUCUGGAAUUUUCGGAAUGCGAUAAUUUUUGGCCCAAAGCCAAGGAAAUUAAAAGUUAGUGAUCUUCGAUAUCAAAGCCCCGAGUUACUUCUUGAAACUAUGGUAUACAAUGAAAGUGUUGAUAUUUGGAGCGCCAAUUGUAUUUUUGCACAUCUCUUGUUGGAAAGACCUAUAUUUCCUAGAAAUGGAAAAGAGAAUGUUCUGCACAGUAUAUUUAAGUUGCUGGGCUUUCCUAUGAAAGAAGUUUGGGAAGAAUUCUUUGACUACCCCUACAUACAAGAUUUUAUGAUCUUCAGUGGCUAUAAGUAUAAUAAUUUAGAUAAAUAUUUUCAUAAGUUCUGUGAUAGGGAAAUUUCACCAUUGGCUGUGAAUCUUUUACAUAAAUGUUUUCGUUAUAAUCCUGAAAUCAGGUUAGGAGCUGAGCUGUGCCUUCAGCAUCCAUAUUUCUCAGAAGAUCCAAAAGCAUGUCCUAUUGAAGAAAUUGCCAAACUUAAGGAAGAAGCCAAUAUUUAUAGGAAGAUACGAAUAGUAAAAGAAAAAAAACGUAUCUAGAUUUUACUUGUUCUAUUUGUUUUUUAUUUUGUGAAUUGUUCAAGAAAAACUGUUGUAUAUAAUUGCUGUGUAUGUGCUGUUGUAUAUAUUGAACUGUGUAUAUAAUUUCUAUUCAAUUUCUCUUAAUAAUAAAGAUCUCGGUGUGCGUGGUACGAUUGAGUGACCUAGAAUUAUCAAACUUAGCUUAUACAUAUAGGUAUGGGAAUGUGCAACUCAGAAUGAUUUUUUUUAAUUUUAAUUAAUAAAAAUUAAGCGAAAUUUUAUCACUUUCCCACGAUAACUUUUGAAAUUGUUACAGCACAAAAGUAAUUUUACAUCUUAAAGUUUUAAAAAAAAUCAAUGAUACCAAUUUAAGUGUCACAUUAAUCGUUUUCAUUGUUUUAUCAAAUGUUUAUUCAUGUGGUUUUCUUCCUUUUGUUGAAGGCUAAAGAAGAAGGAUGUUGUUUAAUAUCCGAGUAAUUUAUGAUUAAAAAAAAGUUAAGUUGUAGUACCACAAAAUUUAGAAGGUAGAAGAAGUGCACAUUUACGUUUUUAAUAGUUCGGUUAUGUUAUGGAAUGGAUCUCUUUAAAUAGGUUCAUGUGUCCAAUGAACAGAUCAUGUGUAAGACAGUUAAAAUAAAACUCCAAUGUCUUGCAAUUUGACAGAAUCAGGGAUAAACAGCUGUAUAUAAUCAUUUAAACUGAAAUAUAGCCAGUGUCUCCAGCGAAUCAGUUGGUCACCAGAAGCGAUUAGUUAAAUAAUAAUCAGGAUAUAAAAAUUCGGCUUAUUUUCCCAUAUUGAAUAAUUCGUCAGUAUAAAGUAUGCUUUUAAUUUUAGGAAUCAGGUUGUAUUUAACACUUAGUUUAACGUCAAAAUCAAGUAAUGGGGAGAAAAUUUAAAGUGUGCCUAUUUUAAAGUACUGCUGCUCUUUUCUGUAAUAUAUUUUGAUGCAUAAAGAUACAGAUAUGAAUUAGAGAAAUGCAGACCACAAUGAAUGGAACAGAACAGUAUAAUGUUUCUAAAAUAAUAUGAAAUCAAAAAAAAUUUCAAAUUUUGAACUAUCAAAAUUUGUUUAAAACCAUUUUGCUGAGGUAGCCAUCAAGAUGUAGUUUUGCAGAAUAUUUAAUUGAAGGCUUUAGCUUUCAGUAACCUUGGCCAAAUAAAUGAUCGACAAAACGGUAGUAUUAAAUAAAUUGAUUGGGAGCUUAUAUUUUAUAUUUAAAAUUAACGGUCCUAAAAAUUUAAUUGUAAUUUACAUCCUUUGCUGACUAUUUUAUAAGUUAGUAGAUUGAACAGAAAGCUCCAAGCAAUAUUAAAAAUCUUUUAUUUUUGUCUUGAAAUAAUUUUUUAAAUAACCAAAGAUGUUAGCAAACAGUUAUGUGAUAUGUUAAAAAAAUAAUUUAGUUGAUUUCAUAUCAUGAUCUUUUUGGGGUAUUUUGAAAGCAAACUUUGUGUGUAUCAAUAUCAAGUCACGGAAAGAGGGAUUAGGAAUUGCUUACUUGAAGCGGCUUAUGGUGGUAAUCGAGAUAAAAAUGAAAGCUGUUGUAAUUAUAUUUUGAAAUGUGCCAAAAGAAGUUCAUUUUAUGCAGCAUAUAAAUAAAAAAUAAUUGAAAAAAUUGGAUUAUGAGUUACUUAAAUAUAAAUGAGUAAAAAAAAAUUUAAGGUUUAGUUAUGUUUCGUAUGUAAAUUACGUCAAGUACUUGCAUUAAAUCAUCUCUAAUGUUCCCUCUGUGCAGAAAAUCGCCAUUUUUUUUUGUCCCUCCGCUGGUGUGGUGUGGGAGUUUGAAGUGAGAGGGUGCUAGUUCAUGAAUCAUCCUCGUCAUCUGAUCGCGGCUCAAAAUUACGAGGUCCAUUCCAUAUAGGCCUGGUGUUGCUUUAAAACGGGACGUUAAUAUAACUAAACUAAACCAUUCACUUUUUUUAUAUAUAUCUUUAGAAUAUUUCUUUCCCUGGUGUACAAUAUUCCAUAAUAUUAUUUCUGUAUUCUCUUAUUUUUCGCUUUAUUAUAUCUCCGUAUGUUUAUUUUUGAAUGUAAAAGCAAUAAACAAAGAUUA